UGCUUAAAACGGAUGAUUAGCUAUAAACAUCAAGAAAGACCCCAUUAGUGGGGUCUCUGAAAAAUCCAAAAAUGCAGAACAUAAAUUUUUAAAAACAACUCUAAAUUUGCCAGUUUUCCUUAUCUACGAUUAACCGUUAUUUCAGGUAUUUUUGGGUCUUCAACCUUGAUUCAAAUCUUUUUCCAUUCCAAAAAUAGAAGGCUAAAUAAUAAAGAUCAUUCUUCUCAAGUCUUGCUCGAUCGUUUUUUUGCAAUCACUAUAAUGCCUAACCGUUCCUUCAAGAAUUUCGUAGAAGAUGAACUUGGAACAUUCCCACAGUUCUUAAUCUACGCUAUUCUUGAAUGGAUCAUCAUUAUCAUCCUCUUCGUCGACGGGUUCCUCGCUUUCUUCUCCAACCAAAUCGCUAAAUUCUUCGACCUCAAAACUCCUUGUCUUCUCUGCACUAGGCUCGACCACGUUCUCGUCAGAAGAAACCCUGAUUUCUAUUACAACGACUCCAUCUGCGAUUCCCACAAGAAGAAUGUCUCUUCUCUCGCUUACUGUCACGUCCACAAGAAACUCUCUGAGAUCAAACGAAUGUGCGAAGGAUGUCUCCUCUCUUUCGCUACCGAGAAAGAAACAGAUGUUGACACUUACAAGUCUCUUAUCGGAAUCUUGCAUAAGGAUCUCGAGCUUCUUAUCGACGACGAACGUGAGCUCCAGUUGGCGUUUCCGGUUAAGAAAGAUGAAAGCUUUCAACAGACUGAUCACAGAGCCAACAGCAGCAGCGACAGGUUUCAGCAACAGCAACGUUGUUCUUGUUGCGGAGAGUUGCUGAAGAUAAAGUCCGAGAAACCGAAGAGCAACAAUCAAUCUUUCUUUGCUGCUCCUAGUCCUUCUCCUAGAGUUUCAUUCAAUCAAAGAACAAUGGACCUGUCUCACAUCAAAUACUCUGAAUUUCCCGAGGAAGAAGAUUCGGUUAACACGAAAGGCGCCUUGGGGGACUCAGUUGAUGAUAGAACGCCGAGUUUUGUGAAAGGAGGAAACAAUAGAUUCUUUGGGAUUCCGCUUUCUGACUCGGCUCAGAAUAGUCCGCGAUGGUCUGUUCGGUCUAUGAAGAAAUCUCCGGUUGAUCAGAAUGGUUCGGAGACCGAAGUGUUGGAGGGAGAUUCGAUACUUCAUCAUCUAAAUAGACAGGUUAGGUUGGAUCGCAAGUCACUGAUGGAUUUGUGCAUGGAGUUAGAUGAAGAGAGGAGUGCUUCAGCUGUUGCAGCAAACAACGCGAUGGCUAUGAUCACGAGGCUUCAAGCCGAGAAAGCUGCGGUUCAAAUGGAGGCAUUGCAGUACCAGAGAAUGAUGGAUGAGCAAGCGGAAUAUGAUCAAGAAGCUUUGCAGUCUAUGAAUGGUUUGCUGGUUAAGAGAGAAGAGGAAAUGAAAGAGCUCGAAGCUGAAAUUGAGGCUUAUAGAUUGAGAUAUGGAUUGUUGAGAGAAGAAGAAGAAUGCGAAGGAGGAGAAGCAGAGGAGUUUCUUGAUGAAGAAGGCGAUGAAGCUAAACCAGUCUUGGAUUUGCCGGUUUGUUCUUCAGAUCAUGAAGAGGAUUUGGAACAAAUGAAAGAUUCAGCUGAGGAGCCUAAAGCCAACAAUGGUGGGAUCAUAGAGGAAGAAAAAGAGAAUGGAAUCAGAAAAGAUGUAUUAGUGAAGGAGAUUUCAGAGAUUACAGAGAGACUGCAUGCGAUUGAAUCAAAAGGUGAAUUGUUGCAACAAAUUUCAGAUGUUUUAGACGUUAGUGAAGGAGAAGCAAUUCUAUUGCAGAUAUCUCAGAAUCUGCAUAUGCUUCGUAGUUUCAUCGAAAUGCCAUCAGAAUCAUGAAUGUUUUACUUACUUCUUCUACAUCAGAACAACACCCUUGUAUCAAAUCUGUCUGUAAAUGAUACUGCAAUUUUUUAUUACAGAACAAGCAAAGCUUUUUCCUGCUUUGUCUCUUACCUCAAAUUCAAUCUUUGACUUUUUUUUUUAUCCAAACUUUGUUGAAUCUUUCUUUGAUGAUGCAAUUGAA